AUGAGCAGUAGAAAGAUUGAGAACUUGGAGCGGGAAGUAUCGGCACUGAAACAACGGCUGGAGGCACAACAGAAUGGUCUCCAGACGAGCGUCCACGUUCAGGAUGCGACCGCGAUUACUCAAAGCCAAUCUGCGGCCGCUGCGCCCGAUCGACCAGCAAGCAUGACACAGACCAGCCCGGAGACACAAUCGAGCCCAGGAACGCUGCGGCGCAAACGCACGAGGUCUCAAUUCGAAGUCGAGAUUGUCUCGGUGCCCAACUUUGUCGCCAAGGGUCUGAUCACGUACGAACAAGCCCAGUUAUUCUUCGGGGCGUUCUUCCAGGGGUGCGACCGCUAUGUCCCGAUAUUCGACCCCGUCCAUGAUACUUUCGAAUCUAUCAGCGCGAGAAGUGCGUUGCUAUUCAAUGCCAUUAUCACCAUUGGCUGCGGUGUGCUCAGUGAUGCUGACUCGCAGAUCGGCCACUUGCUCAAUUUCCACCUCAAGAAGAUGCUCAACCUCGUCAUCGUUAGCCCUGAUCUCACCUCUCUGGAGACCGUGCAGGCUCUGUUGGUCACUGCUUGUUAUGUCUCGGAGCGAUCAUUGCUGUUAGCCUUUGCAACCCGGAUGGCGCUUGAGCUCCAACUACCCGAUGCGUACGAAGACCUGCGGAGGAAACUCGUGAGCAGGGGAUCAUCAUCAUCAUCAUCUGAGAAGACCGAUCCCCCGGAGUAUGAUGAGAGUGACGCAAUGCUGAUGAGGCGCGCUCGGGGAUGGUUCCAGCUCAUGGUUCUUGAGCAGAUCCUUCACGUCGAUGCCGGCAAUCUACGCAGCUUCCAGCUGAAAGGAGACGCGAGGCGAUGUCGCAUUCUGUUGAACAGACCCUUCACCAACAGUCUGGACCUGAGGCUGCUGUCGCAAGUUGAGCUCAACGCCUUGCGGGGUAAAGUCCACGACUCGAUAUCAGGCAUGGAGCAUUUUGACGAGGAGGAAGUGAUGGACAUUCUUCACGACGUCCAAGUUGACAUCGACGUCUGGUUCAACGACUGGAAGAACAUCAUGGAAGCGGCGGGGUCCACGACCGAGACCCCAGUCCUCCUGGUCAACCUGGAGGUCCAAAAGUGCUGGUCCCAGACCGUUGCGCUAUGCAGAGCGAUACGAGCAUUGGGAAAGGACAACUUAGCGGGCAUGUCGCCAGUGCAACAGGACCUCCUUCUCAUGGCCAAGGACUCUCUUCGACGACAUCUUCGGAUCAUUUUGGACCAGCCUCAGCAUUACCUGUCCAAGUUCUGCUACGCGACGGAUUUUGUCUGGGCGAAAUGUGCAUUCUGCUUCUUACUGCUUCUGAAGCUGACCCGGCUGUUGCCAGAAGCGGACGACCACGCCAAGAGGCGGCUGCUCGAAGACGGCAACAAGCUAUUGAAAGAGUUGAACAAGGCAGGAGGUGGGUGGACAAGCGGAGGCAGAACCACCACCAGCAGGAUGUAUCUGCAAGUGUUGCACCAGAGCAUUCAGAAGUAUGGUCGAGCGCUCGAAAGCGACAGCUCGGCGCCAGGCCAGAAUGAAAGCAGCAACCACGCUAACAGUGUAGGACAAGAUUCUCAGUCCCCUCUCAAUUACUUCUGGACCGCAGGGGGCAAUGCUGCAGCCAACGAAAUCGACAGCUUCAUUCCCGAGCAGUUUGUGACCGAAUGGGACUUCCCGGGCCUGGAGUUCUCGGCCAGCGGUCCCGUCAGUGGGGAUGGCUUCUUUGACGAAUUCUUGAUGGCAAAUCUCUUCAGCGACACCAUGUUCCCGGGAUGCUAG